GAAAAUUCCCGCUACAGAUAAACGAGUGUACAUGACUGUGGCGGUGGACAUGGUGGUCACGGAGGUGGUGGAGCCUGUCCGCUUUCUCCUGGAGACGGUAGUCCGUGUGUACCCUGCAAAUGAGCGAUUUUGGUAUUUCAGCAGGAAGACUUUCACAGAGACUUUCUUCAUGAGGUUGAAACAGUCUGAGGGAAAGGGCCAUACCAAUGCUGGAGAUGCAAUAUAUGAGGUGGUGAGUCUACAGCGAGAGUCAGACAAGGAGGAACCAGUCACUCCCACUGGCGGAGGGGCUCCAAUGUCACCCCAGGAGGAUGAAGCAGAAGAAGAGAGUGAUAAUGAACUCUCAAGUGGAACAGGUGAUGUGUCUAAGGAUUGUCCAGAGAAGAUCCUGUAUUCCUGGGGAGAAUUGCUAGGAAGAUGGCACAGUAACCUUGGUGCACGACCAAAAGGGCUAUCCACGCUGGUGAAGAAUGGCGUCCCCGAAGCAUUGAGGGCAGAGGUGUGGCAGUUAUUGGCAGGCUGCCAUGACAACCAGGCAAUGCUGGAUAGAUACCGAAUUCUUAUCACAAAGGACUCAGCCCAGGAGAGUGUUAUUACUCGAGAUAUUCAUCGUACGUUUCCUGCACAUGAUUACUUUAAAGAUACUGGAGGAGAUGGUCAGGAAUCACUCUACAAGAUCUGCAAGGCCUACUCUGUGUAUGAUGAAGACAUUGGCUACUGUCAGGGCCAGUCUUUUCUUGCUGCGGUGUUGCUGCUGCAUAUGCCAGAGGAACAGGCAUUCUGUGUUUUGGUGAAAAUCAUGUAUGACUAUGGUUUGCGAGACCUCUACAAAAACAACUUUGAAGAUCUUCAUUGCAAGUUCUAUCAGUUGGAAAGACUAAUGCAGGAGCAGCUACCAGAACUGCACAGCCAUUUCUGUGACCUGAACCUGGAAGCUCAUAUGUACGCAUCCCAGUGGUUUCUCACCCUUUUUACUGCCAAGUUCCCGCUCUGCAUGGUGUUCCACAUCAUCGACUUACUGCUUUGCGAGGGUUUGAACAUAAUCUUUCACGUAGCCUUGGCUCUCCUAAAGACCUCAAAGGAAGAUCUUCUGCAGGCUGAUUUUGAAGGUGCUUUAAAGUUCUUCAGAGUUCAGCUUCCAAAGAGAUACAGGGCAGAGGAAAAUGCAAGAAGGUUGAUGGAGCAGGCUUGCAAUAUUAAAGUACCAACCAAGAAGCUGAAGAAAUAUGAGAAAGAAUAUCAGACAAUGCGAGAGAGUCAGCUGCAGCAGGAAGACCCAAUGGAUAGAUACAAGAGGGAGAACCGAAGAUUACAGGAGGCCAGCAUGAGGCUGGAACAAGAGAAUGAUGACCUCGCCCACGAACUAGUGACCAGCAAAAUUGCUCUACGGAACGACCUGGAUCAGGCAGAAGACAAGGCAGAUGUGUUGAACAAGGAGCUCCUUUUGACCAAACAGAGGCUGGUGGAGACUGAAGAAGAGAAGAGGAAGCAAGAGGAAGAGACCGCCCAGCUAAAAGAAGUGUUCAGAAAACAGCUCGAGAAGGCAGAAUAUGAAAUAAAGAAGACUACAGCUAUCAUUGCUGAGUACAAACAGAUCUGUUCCCAGUUAAGCACCAGGCUGGAGAAGCAGCAAGCAGCCAGCAAGGAGGAGCUGGAAGCGGUGAAGGGUAAAAUGAUGGCAUGCAAGCACUGCAGUGACAUUUUCAGCAAGGAGGGCGCUGUGAAGCUGGCAGCCAUAAGCAGAGAGGACCAGGGAAUUGAAACGGACGACGAGAAGGACUCGCUGAAGAAGCAGCUGAGGGAGAUGGAGCUGGAACUGGCACAGACCAAGCUGCAGCUGGUGGAAGCCAAGUGUAAAAUCCAGGAACUUGAACAUCAGAGAGGAGCCCUUAUGAAUGAAAUCCAAGCUGCAAAAAACUCUUGGUUUAGCAAAACCCUGAACUCUAUUAAAACAGCCACAGGCACGCAGCCCCUGCAGCCGCCACAGGCCACCCAGCCACCCAAGGAGAGCACAUAGUUCCAGCCUCACCCAGGCACCAAGAGCACAAUGAUGAAAGCAACGGCAACCUAGGAGGAUUCUUCCUGGUGUCCCUGUGAAGGAAAGUCAAGGAGGCCAGAAAGCAAGCCAGAAUCUUUAGUAGCUCUCACUCACUCUCGUGUGACACUGUUCGGAGGGAUGUUGUGGAAACUGGCCAGUGUAUGUCGAAUACCUAUUUUCCAGCUUCUUCAUGGGAGGCCGUGUUCAGUUCCAUGAUAGUAUUACACGUUAUUUUAAAUGCCUGAUGUUUAGUUGGAAAUAAGUAAUUCAAAACUAAAUGCUUUUUAUUUUGAACUAAUUAUUCAUAAUUAUUUUUAUCUUACAUAGAAAUGGAGACAUCUAUCAUUCCAAGAUUGAAGUGAUGGGAAGAUCUUUGUCACAGAAAAAAAAAAAAAUUGAAACCUAAACCUCUUAAUUUUUCAGGAUUUAUUUAGAUAAAGCACACUGCGGGGCCAGUAUGACCACCGUCAGGUUUCCACCUGACGGUGCUUCCCAAGGUAGCUGUGAUCCCGUCAGAAGAACAGACCAGGGAUUGAACAGUACCUAAAGAUAGCUGGUUAUUUUCAUUUUCUGUUGGGUACAUCUGGGAAGGAAGUACCAAGAACUGUGCAGCAGAUGGGCUAUUAAGAAUACACACUAAGUAAGUGGAACUGAGGUUUGGAUAAAUGCAGGAUAAAAUCAUUUGGGCUCUGAUAUUCUAACAGAUCUUUUAAGAACUCCCCAUGGGACUUGCAUGUUCCUAAGUAUGCCUCAACAUGAGCACAGAGGCGACUUCUGGCAAGUGUAAAGUUAGAGGUGGAUACUGCAACUUGCAGACUGAGGGAACCUUCACCAGAGAAGCCUAGAGAGGUCCAGUGUCAGCCGCUGUGCUUGGCGUGGAAUACAGAGCCAGCGACAGAGUAUUUCCUUUACUGUUGACGUGUACUUGCUAAGGAAACACUAAUACACUGUAGCUUUGUUAAAGGCCAUACUGCUGAAAUGGGAAAUAGAGGUCAGCUGCACGUCAUCUUAGUUUAACGUUGGGCAACUUUUCUUGAUUUCUGUAGCUCCCUAAAAAUGUGGCAUUGGCACCUGUAGAUAAAGAGAUACAAAUGCAUUUGUAACAUUUUG